UGGAAUUACCUAGACUUAAAUUGGAAUGUUGUCUUGGUUCCUGUCUUGGUUCCUGUCUUGGUUCCAGUCUUGGCCUUUACAUACUAAAGCACAGCCCCCCAAGGUGACGCGCAUCUCGCACGAGGAUGCGAAUACUUCUUCAGCCAGCAUGGCACUGACAAAGAAUAAAUUGAUUCUACAAUUGUUGCCUUCACGCCCUACGACUUUAAUCCUUGUAAAAUAAGAAAUAAGAAAAAUAUACUGAGUACUCUCUUGGCAACCUUCCUCUCAAGCGCGCGAAUCCAUCUACCUACCUUGGUACCUACUUAAACCAUCCUCUCGAUUAGCGCAGGUUUAAGUUGCGAUAGCCUUGUAGCGCCUAGUUAAGAUGUGUCUAAUAUUCACCUGCGGCGAGCAUACCUUCAGAAAAGAGGUAGAAGGCUACGAGGGUGUCAUCUGCCAAUGUCAUAACUGCGGCAACUACGCCGGACAUAUCAUCAAAAGCAAUCCUUGGUUCACCUUUUGCUUCGUGCCCGUCAUCCCGCUUUCUAUCCAUGGCUACCAGGACGUCGUCUGCCAUAUCUGCAACUUCGCGCAGCCGUUAGAACACCGACCCGACGCUCAGGCGAUGCGACGUGGCGGGCAAGGGAAUAACGUUCCGAUGCAGAAUCAACCGCCGCCGCAAGGACCUCCGCAACAAGGGCCACCUCCGGGAUGGGGACAGGCACCGCCUCAGGGCCAAGCCCCUAUGAGGUACGGAUAGAGGCGUAAGAGGUUAGCCGUUAGUUUCACGAUUUAAGAUAGUAGGAGUUGGGUGUCACGAGAGCUGAGUACACGAUACAAAACAGCGUAGCAGUUGCGCCAUAUUGCACAGCAUCAAGGUUGGAGUUUAAGGAUCCGCGUAUCAUUAGGCUAUCCCGCUUGGGGCGUUUUGACAUGACUUGCGGAUGGAACGAUGAUUAUAAAUUUAUAUUUCAGGGCUUAUUAUAUGAGCUGCACAUGAUUAGGCAUACGUGGCAGUCGAUUUGGUGUGUUGAAGGUAGAUAGUGGAAACUCAUCACGGUUAGUUCCAUGUUCAUAGGAACACUGAUGGUUCGAGAGUUAUGCGUCAUAGGUCUUCGACUUAAAGUAUGUACUAUAGUAGAAUUCCUAAAGGCCACAUCGUGAUAUCGAAGUUGACGCGCAACGAUGAUAUUGGAAUUCCCCUAUUACAAAAAUAUUGGGCACGAUCUUGGGUUCAUAGGAGGAGCAGGCUUAUAAUUAUAUCUGAUGUUAACAAGCAGUGGCCUCUUGACGAUAAAACCAUCUAACCACCCCAACGAUGUUUCGCUUAUAGGGUUCAAGUGCCAAAAGUACGUAUACAGCCGGCCAUCUUAGAUGUAUAUAUUAUGUAUCAAAAUAGCCUCAG